GUUGAAUGAGUGGUGUUGUUUGAUGCCGUCCUUAUUAUACAACAAUUUUCUUAUUUAUUAAAUUAUUUAUUUUAUUUUAAUUUUCUGUAAUUUAUCAGUAUUUUCAGAUUUCAGUUUUUUGCUUCCUCUUUGCUCCUCCUCCUUAUCUCUCCUCUGCGGCGUCUGCUAUCUUUAGAACUCGAAUACCUUGAAAAUGGGUGCGGCACAAAACGGCAUUGACAUGGAGGAGGGGACAUUGGAGAUUGGCAUGGAGUACAGAACUGUCUCCGGAGUUGCUGGACCUCUAGUUAUCCUUGAUAAAGUUAAGGGACCAAAAUAUCAGGAGAUUGUUAAUAUUCGACUAGGGGAUGGAACAACCCGACGUGGUCAGGUCCUGGAAGUUGAUGGUGAAAAGGCGGUUGUUCAGGUUUUUGAAGGAACAUCUGGAAUCGACAACAAAUAUACAACUGUGCAAUUUACUGGGGAGGUGUUAAAAACUCCCGUCUCUUUGGAUAUGCUCGGGCGUAUUUUUAAUGGUUCUGGCAAACCCAUUGACAAUGGCCCUCCAAUCUUGCCUGAGGCUUACUUAGAUAUAUCUGGGAGUUCUAUCAACCCUAGUGAGAGAACCUAUCCUGAAGAAAUGAUUCAGACAGGGAUUUCCACAAUUGAUGUAAUGAAUUCAAUAGCUAGAGGACAGAAAAUCCCUCUAUUUUCUGCAGCUGGUCUUCCCCAUAAUGAAAUUGCUGCUCAGAUAUGUCGCCAAGCUGGUUUAGUAAAACGAUUGGAGAAGUCUGAGGACCUUCUUGGGGAUGGGGAAGAAGACAAUUUUGCAAUUGUGUUUGCAGCUAUGGGUGUAAACAUGGAGACUGCACAGUUUUUCAAACGUGACUUUGAGGAAAAUGGUUCCAUGGAGAGGGUGACCCUUUUUCUUAACCUGGCAAAUGACCCAACAAUUGAACGAAUAAUUACUCCUCGUAUUGCUCUUACAACCGCAGAAUAUUUGGCUUAUGAGUGUGGCAAGCAUGUUCUUGUGAUACUUACUGAUAUGAGUUCUUAUGCCGAUGCUCUUCGUGAGGUUUCUGCUGCCCGAGAAGAAGUACCUGGGAGACGUGGAUAUCCUGGGUAUAUGUAUACCGAUCUGGCCACAAUAUAUGAGCGUGCUGGAAGAAUCGAAGGACGAAAAGGUUCUAUAACACAAAUUCCAAUUCUAACCAUGCCAAAUGAUGAUAUUACACAUCCUACCCCAGAUCUUACGGGAUAUAUCACUGAGGGGCAAAUAUACAUUGAUAGACAGCUUCACAAUAGACAGAUAUAUCCACCAAUCAAUGUGCUUCCAUCACUAUCUCGGUUGAUGAAGAGUGCCAUUGGUGAGGGGAUGACUCGCAGGGACCAUGCUGAUGUGUCUAAUCAGCUGUAUGCAAAUUAUGCCAUUGGGAAGGAUGUACAGGCAAUGAAAGCUGUGGUUGGUGAAGAAGCGCUUUCUUCAGAGGACCUGCUAUACUUGGAGUUCUUGGAUAAAUUUGAGAGGAAAUUUGUUACCCAAGGAGCAUAUGACACCCGAAACAUCUUCCAAUCACUUGAUUUGGCAUGGACACUGCUUCGCAUCUUCCCUCGUGAGCUUCUCCAUCGUAUUCCAGUAAAAACUCUUGACCAGUACUAUAGCCGAGAUGCAGCUAAUUGAAAGAAGCAAGCUCCAUAGGCCUAUAUUUCCUGCUCUAUUGUCUUCAAGAGUUUGUUUGUUUGACUGUUUUUGGUUAAUAGCUUUCCCCUAUAAGAAGUAAUAAGUGCUCUAGUCAAGCUUCCCUCCAUAAGUUCUUUGGCUAGUCAAGAGGAGACCGAAAUUCUUUGGAACAUUACUUUCAACUAGAUCUUGUAAAUUUUGUAUCCUGUUCUUUAGUGCAAAACCUGAUUGCGCCAUGGAUAUGAACUUUUCCGGGAAAUUAAAUGGGGGCUUGUUGCAAGUCUGAAGCCCCAUGUGAUGCUUCUUGUUUAUUUCUUUAAUCUGAUCUGUUUUGGAUUUUGUUUUAUUGAGAAGGAAACACAGGUCCAGUACCUUUAAAUUGUGU